AUGCCUUCGUUCUCUUCCAAUAGUGGAUCCUCUGCUCCUCCGGUUCCUGGCCCUUCGAAUCCCGUCCUCUUGGCCGCACAAUCGCAAUGGCUCUUCACUGACGCGGAGCUUCUUCGAACUCCGUCGGCUCUCGAUGGCAUGGCUGUUGAUAGUGAGCAUAUGAGCCGAGGGAAGGGCGUGAAUUUCAUCAUGCAGGUUGGGAUUCUGCUGAAGCUCCCGCAGCUUACGCUUUGCACGGCUAGUGUCUAUCUUCACCGGUUUUUUAUGCGAUAUAGUAUGGUGGAUUUGCCACAGCGGUCCGGAAUGCAUCCGUAUUCGGUCGCGGCUACGUCGCUGUUUCUGGCGACUAAGGUGGAGGAGAAUUGCCGGAAGAUGAGGGAGUUGAUAAUUGCGUGCUGUAGGGUGGCCCUGAAAAAACCAAAUGUCGUGGUGGACGAGCAGUCGAAAGAGUUCUGGAAGUGGAGGGAUACGAUUUUACAUAACGAAGAUCUGUUGCUGGAAGCCCUGUGUUUUGAUCUUCAGUAUGAGCAGCCAUACCGGCUUCUUUACGACUUCCUUUGUUAUUUCAAAAAACAGAAUGAUAAACCGCUACGAAAUUCGGCGUGGGCAUUUGUCAACGACUCCAUCUAUACAGUAUUAUGUUUGCAGUUCACUUCUCGAAAAAUCGCUGCCGGCGCUCUUUAUGCGGCAGCUAGACAUUGCAAUGCUUCUUUUCCUGAUGACGAUGCUGGCCGUCCGUGGUGGGAACAACUAGAUGUCAACCAUGAAGACUUGAAGAGAACGUGCAAUAAAAUGGCGGAGUUCUAUGAGAAGUCUCCAAUACCAAAACCGGGGCUGAAUUACCCAUCCGUUUCUGGAAACGAAGAAGAAUCAACCGACAGAACGCGCCAUCCCGCUCGUAAGGAAAACGAGAAUUCGGAAGACCACGAUGCCGAUGAUUCCAACGGUUCUCUGUCGCCCGGGGAAAUCAGCGAACGAAAGCGCGACAGAGAUGAAGGGGAGAUUUCUCCCACUAGAGAAACCACUACGACUGGCGUUAGCCCGUCAUCUUAUGGAAAGUAUCGUAAUGAAGAAAGGCGGUCUCCGAAACGCCAGAAGCGGGAUGAAGACGAAUGUCACAUUCCUCCGAAUCCUUCCAGCAGGCAUCCUCAAUCUCAAACGCACCCGUUACCACUGUCAAACACUUCACCCAACCCUCUUCCUGCCAACGGCCCUAAAGCUUCUGCGACUGAGAGCAAUAAUCCUAUCGCGUCUCAUAAAGCGAUGCUAGCAGUAUCAGCUUCAAGUGAUCCGCAUCGGAUAAAUAGGCAAUUAGAUGGACAGGACAACACUGAGCAAAAAAAGCCGCCGGAUUUUUCGCCGGCUAGAAGCACUACCCAUACUGCUACAGACAAGCCAUGGCCAUCCCAUGUUCCUGCUAGCUACCAUCGUCAUAAAGACGAGAUGCUUCCUCGCCCUCCGAGUAAUCUUCCUCCUAAGCCUCCUAUUGCUUAG